AUGGACAUUGAACGGACGGCGCAGAUAGCAGGCCCCGAGGAGCAGUGUAAAGUCGCGCCCGCCAUUGUCCGCCCCGCGCACAUCGUGCUCGCGUCACGCCCGGCCCACAUUUCCCUGGCACGUAGCGUGCCGCAGGCCGACGGUGGACCCCGCGGGCUGGGCGCGCACUGGCGGCCGGGCGUAGCAGACGGACGCGUCGGUGAGACUCUGCGCUCGAGCACGCCAGCGCCGGCGCAGGUGCGGUCGGUGGCGAUGAUGCAGCGCCGGUCGUCAACAUGCUUCGUCUCGCACGACAAGGUGCUCGACACAGUGUGGCGGACGAGAAAUUGGGUCGAGACGAUCGGGCUCGGGGAGUUCCUGAGCAGCGCGCUGCCGCUCCACCUGCUGAAGCGCGUCGCGGUUGCGAACCAGCAGGCGGCGUGGGACGCGGAGCGGCCGCUGCACGAAAAGCUCCGGAAGGCGGAUCUCAGGCUCCCCAGAGUGGGUCCGGAGGGGCAGGGGCAGUAG